AUGGUAGAUGUCAUGUUACCAGCCGUGCGUGAUCAGCUCCUGAAGGCUCUACGGCUUGCCUUGUUCGACUUCACCGAAGUGCUGUCCCUGGACUGCUGGUCUAAUGGUAUAUCCCCUCUCGCCUCGUACACCAUCCGUAUGCUCAUCCCCGUAUUCCUCUAUGGGUGA